AUGUCACUUGAAGACAGGCUUCUCUCGGGUGCACUGCUCAACGAUAUUCACAAAGGCGCUCGUCUGAAGAAAGCUGUUACCAAUGAUAGAUCCGCGCCGAUCAUUGCGAGUAGUGGAGGAGGCUCGGUAGCACCUCCUGUCGGAGCAGCGCCACCAGUGCCAGGGGCAAUGAAACCGCCUUCCGGGCUCGCUCCGCCGGUUCCCCCGGCUGGCAGAUUGCGAAGCAAUAGUGAAGGAGUGACUGGGUCAGACAAUACAUUGGGAAGUCCUGCAGCUCAAUUAGGCGGACUUUUUGCCGGUGGAAUGCCCAAAUUGCGCAGUCGAGGUGGUGUUGAUACAGGUGCCACUCGAGACUCCCCAUACAUGUCUGACUCCGAGGCUGCGCGCCGAGCACCUUCUGCGCCAGCUCCAAAACCUCCUACAGCUCCUCGGCCACCUGGCGCGCGGCCACCACCUCCACCGCCAUCUACAGAGUCCCCGCCCGCUCCGCCCGUGAACCCGCUAGUCGCUCAAUUGAAGAAACCACCUCCACGACCAGCGGCAAGACCAUCAUCUUCGAUAUCUUCGGCAGCUGGUAAGAGUGCACCAGAAGCUCCCCCCUCCACGAGCUCCUCCACCUCCACCAGGAGGCAAGGCUCCGCCGCCUCCUGCAUCUCGCAAACCCUCUGGAGCACCGCCACCUCCACCUCCAGUAGCUAG